UUUCACUAAACCAAUGGUUUUAUCUUAUAUUAAUGGUGGCGCCUACACUCUUAAAGGCGGCGAAAAACGCUGGCGAUCGAAGAAAGCUUCACUCGCGACGAACCUUCACGGAGACGUCGAGGCUACCGCUGUCGUCUUCGAUUAGAGGAAAGCUGAUAUCCGCCGGCUACACUUCUCUGUCGUCGAUUUCAUCCACCGAUCUCGCUCGAGAGGCUGAAGCGUUUGAGAUUUUGAAGAUGGCAAAUCAAGUCACUGGAUCAAGUUCUCUCGUAAAUGUGUAUAACACAGGUCGGCUUCUUCGACUUCCAACUUUGAGCAUCUUCCCCGAAUUUUCACCUCUUUCUGCUCUCAUGAAUUCAUCGAAUCUCAGUUCUUCCAGCAAACCUGCCUUCUCUUCCUUCUCACAAUCCAGCAGAAGCGGCGGUAGAGGAAGAGGAAACGAGAGAGAUAAUGAUCGUCGGAGGCCUCAGGGUCGUGGCGGCGGCGGUGGUGGCAGAGGAGGAGGAGGAGGCAAUGAUAGAAUCGAUGCUCUUGGAAGACUCUUGACGAGAAUCUUGAGACACAUGGCUACUGAGAUGAGAUUGGACAUGAGAGGUGAUGGUUUUGUUAAAGUUGAAGACUUGCUUAACCUGAAUCUUAAAACGUCUGCAAACGUUCAGUUGAAGUCUCAUACCGUUGAUGAAAUUAGAGAGGCAGUGAGAAUGGACAAUAAGCAACGUUUUAGCCUCGUUGAAGAGGAUGGAGAGCUCUUGAUCCGCGCUAACCAAGGCCACUCCAUCACGACGGUUGAAUCCGACAAGUUACUUAAACCAAUAUUGUCACCGGAAGAAGCUCCAGUGUGUGUGCAUGGAACUUAUAAGAAGAAUUUGGAAUCCAUCUUAGCAUCUGGCUUAAAGCAUAUGAAUAGAUUGCACGUUCACUUUUCUCGUGGCUUGCCAACAGAUGGUGAAGUGAUAAGUGGCAUGAGAAGGGAUGUUAACGUCCUAAUCUUCCUUGACAUCAAGAAAGCUCUUGAAGAUGGAAUUGCAUUCUACAUUUCGGACAACAAGGUGAUUUUGACUGAAGGCGUUGAUGGUGUAGUGCCUGUUGAUUACUUCCACAAGAUCGAGUCUUGGCCUAGUCGGCAGCCAAUUCCUUUCUGAUUACACAUUUUAUGGACAACAUCAUUGACUUAUUACCACCAGACAAUGCAACUGGUGAAACAAGUUUUUUUUAUCAGUCACGUUUUUAUCUAUUCUUUUAUCGUUUUUCAUCUGUUGACAAUACACCAAUACUUGAUCAUGGCUGUUGUUUCCAUACUCAUAAGUGUGUAACCAAUGUUUGCAGAAAGUUAAUAGAUAUUUCAACUAAUUUA